ACCUCUGCCAACGCUACACUCUUUUCCUACUGACUUGUUUCUACAUGCUGCUUAGCCUCAGGCCUUGGAGUCUGAGCCUGUUACUAUAGCAACCACACAGAAGGACAAAGUAGAGGAGAGGAGGGGGAGAUGCUGACACACGAAUGGAGGGUGGGAGCAAGCUGAGAAUACUGAUCUAUCUGAUUGGCUGGAGGCAUCCUCUAACCCCGCCCACCCAACUGUGUCAUGAUUAUCAUCACUUCUGCUGCAAAACCCGUGACUGCUGCUGCUGCUGCUUGCUCACUCUCUGUAUCUCUGUGUUUAUUGAGUCAUUGUGAGAGAUGUGUAGAGAUAGUACUGUCAUUGAGAAUGGAAUGUUGCAAAAGGGAAGACAAGGGUAAUAAUAUGACCAGAAAGACACAGCCAGAGGACAGACUGGCAGGAGCACAGGAAGAUAAAUUGACAUGAAGAUAUAAAUGGAUGUGUACAUCAGAGGAUAGAAUCUGACACGUUUGCUGAAGCUUUGGAGUGACUGAGGUAAACUGCUGGACAGAAAAGAGAGAAGACAAGCCAAAGGAGAGAGAGACACCACAGAUUGAAGAAAGAUGGCAGUAUCCAAAUGGCAGAUUUACUGAAACAGUAAGGAAUUUCUGAUGGACAAAGGACAAUAAAGUGACAAUGGUUUUUUUCUGUUGGCAACUGAUGACGCAAGUAACUGUUCUGCGGGAUGACGCGCAGAAAUGGGACCAGCACCACAACAAAUAUGGGGCAUAAAGCGUUGACCGUUUGCUGCUAAUGAGAGAGGGACAGAAACAACAUAUGAUGAGCCUGGGCAGACACUCACCAUAAUUGACCGUGUGCCAGCUGGUAACUGCUAAGCAUGCUGGAAUAGCAGAACUGAGCACUGACUGACUGACCAACGGACACUAUCAGUAACCAAUAAGACCCCAGUGAUAGCUGGUUCACUCUAAGCAUGCUGGAACAUUCGGGUUUUUCAAGGAAGCUAAGUAUGCUGGGACAUUGGAAACCAUACAGCUGUGUGUCAGAGCAGUGAGGAUGAAGAGACGAGGCCAGAACAGAGGCCAGAGGUUUGUCAAGGCAGACUACUAUGAACUGGACUGGUACUAUGAAGAGUGUACUGAUGUGUUGUGUGCUGACAGAGUGGGCCAGAUGACGAAGACCUACAGCGACAUUGAUGCUGUCACUCGACUACUGGAAGAAAAAGAGCGGGACUUGGAAUUAGCAGCUCGCAUCGGACAGUCGCUGCUGAAGAAAAACAAAGCCCUCAGCGAGAGAAAUGAACUGUUGGAGGACCAAGUAGAGCACAUACGAGAGGAGGUAUCUCAGCUGCGUCAUGACCUAUCUAUGAAAGAUGAACUGUUACAGUUCUAUACCAGCGCUGCCGAGGAAAGUGAGGGAGAGUCUACCACCUCCACACCUGUGCGUCCCAGUGAAACCAGUGUGUCAACUCCAACUUUUUUCCCCCUGGACUCCUUGCAGAAGAAACUCAAAGAUCUGGAGGAAGAAAACAAAUCACUGCGAUCUGAGGCCAGUCAUUUGGAGACAGAAACUAUCUCCUAUGAGGAGAAAGAACAGCAACUUGUCAAUGACUGUGUCAAAGAACUACGAGAUGCCAACCUGCAGAUUUCCUCUCUGGCUGAAGAACUGGCCAGGAAGACUGAAGACGCUUCCAGACAGCAGGAGGAGAUCACACACCUCCUCUCCCAGAUAGUAGACCUCCAGAAGAAGGCCAAGCUGUAUGCUGUGGAGAAUGAGGAGCUGACUCAGCAUUUAGGAGCAGCCAAAGAUGCCCAGCGACAACUCACUGCUGAGUUGCGGGAGUUACAAGAUAAGUAUGCAGAGUGUAUGGAGAUGCUUCAUGAAGCUCAGGAGGAACUGAAGAACCUGAGAAAUAAAACUCUACCGCUCAGCACACCGAGGCGUUUCCAUUCUCUGGGCUUGUUCCCGAUGGACUCUCUGGCAGCAGAAAUAGAGGGCACCAUGAGGAAGGAACUUCAGAUGGAUGAUCCAGAUGUAGAAGAGCAGAGACUGCACCCGAAGCGAGUGUUCCAGACAGUGAAAAACCUCAACCUGAUGCGUCAGCAGCGUUCAUCGCCAGCUCCCUCCCCACUCAACAUCCCCGGCUCCAAUCAGACGUCAUGCUUCACCUCAGGGCGCUGCAGCAGGGUGGGCACGCCUCGCUCUAACUCCAUUUAUGGCAGCGAGACAGGAAGUGGGAUCAUCCUGGACAACAGGACAAGCAGUAUCCUGGAGACUCCAGACGAUGGGUCAGAGGACUCUAACAAGCGGCCCCCUGGCACUCCAGGGACCCCGGGCAGCAGGGACUUGGAGGCAGCCCUGCGACGUCUGUCCCUCCGCCGUGACAACUACCUCUCAGAAAAACGCUUUUUCGAGGAGGAAAGGGAGAGAAAGCUGGCUUACCUGGCAAAAGAGGAGGAAAAAGGAGGUGGGGAGAGUAGCGGAGGCCCAGGGACCCCGACUGAGAGCCUGUUUUCGUUGUGCUCGCAUCCCUCAUUUGGAAGUGUAUGGUCGGGAUAUUCCUUCACGGCAAGAUCCUACCUGCCGGAGAAGCUGCAGAUUGUAAAGCCGCUCGAAGGCUCUGCCACACUCCAUGCAUGGCAGCAGUUGGCUCAACCCCACAUGGGCGCUCUGCUGGAUCAUCGGCCAGGUGUGGUCACGAAGGGCUUCCGCACUUUAGUACACGAGCAAGGACAGGAAGACAGUUGGCAACUGGACCAACCAGAGGAGGAUGAUGUCUCAUGUGACUCAUUUACUGGCUUGUCAGAAGAAAGUACUGCUCCUUUGGAUCUGCCGCAAUCUACCUCUACUCCCUCUGUCUGCUGGAACAAAAAUGGUGACAUCGAUGACAACAGCCAAUUAGAAACAUUGCAUGGAGAAAUAUAUGGGCCUAGGGAAGCAACUGAAGGAAAAGACGGACUUGUUGGAAACAUGCCCCUUUCCUUAUCCAGCGUCUCCCCUUCCUCUUCUCCUCUUCCCUCAUCUUCUGAGAUGAUGAACGGGCACGUGGACCAUAAGGAGCUCCAGGCCUUACAGCCUGCCACAAUGGAUCGCAUGCCUGUUAAUUUCCCAGGGAAGUGUAUGUCCCAUACUAGCUCCACAUACACCUUCACCACCUGCAGGAUUCUCCACCCCUCUGAUCAGCUGACUUCAGUGUCCCCAAGCCCAGCUAUGGCUUCCUCUUACAGCAGUGCUUGUGUCGGAACACCUCCACCCAUUUCCUCUCCUAUACCCUUCUCUUCCCCACCUACGCCCUCCUACACCCCCUGCUGCACCCCACGCCGCCUCUCCUUGUCUCUUUCCCUGGCUGAGUCCUCCACCAACCUGAGGGACUCCACCAAGACCACCAGCACCUCUCUGGGGCUGGUGCGCCUCCUGCUGGAGCAUGGGAUCUCUGCAUCAGUGUAUAACCCCCGAAGCUGGGACCGAGGGUUGGCUUCCAGUGGAGUUUCAACCCCUUUGGGAGGAGUGGAGGCACAGAUGUGCACAGACACACCAGGGGAGACUGAUGUCACACAGGUGGGGAAACGCCCGGACACCCUUCUCCUCCAGCCCUGCACCCCACCCAACUCCCCUCGCUUCAAAUCUGCCUCCUCUACCACCACUGGCCCAGUUUUUCAGUUCAGCCCUUCCAAUGACGACCCUCCAUACUAUGACACCUUCCUCGCCUCUAAACCAGCUCGUACCAUUCUGAGGGAAGUGCUGGGGGAUGCAGAGAGGGAGCGAGGGGGCCAGACAGAUGAUGACAGCCAAACAGAGAUGCUGAACCUGCGACUUGUGGACAAACUGAAACGUUUCCGCACCCUUUCCCCUCUUACUGCUUCGCUUCCAUCUGGGAAUACUCUUUUAGCCCCCUUUGGCUCCACUGGACUGGGGAACAGUGCUCUGGGUGGGGGGCUUCCAGGAUUGAACGCUGGACUGAGGAGGAAUCGAAGCUAUCCUGCCAUGGUGGGGGCCAGUAUGGCCAUGAAAGACCCAGGAGGUACCCCCAGCACAGAGAUACUUAUACCACAUACGAUGCAAACUCAAAAUACACAACACACAGUGCACACACAAGAAAUGGGCAAAAUAGAAACAAAUCAAACACUGGUCACAAAGCCCAUACAAGUACCACAGACACUACAUACACUGGAAACAUUCACACCACAGACAAUAAUACAGAGACACACCAGGCCAACAAGCAAUGACCGACACAGUGAUGAUGAAACUGUGACAUAAAUAGGAAAUAUAUUACAAUACACAAACUCACACAUUCUACAGUACAACACUCUGACACGACAACACACACACACACACAAAUGUAUUUACAACACCAAAUACCUUACAUUACUAUACAGACAUCCUUCAGCUAUGGAGUAUCCCAAGACCGAACAAGUUCACCGAUGACAAUAAGAGUCCACCCACAGACUCAACGAAACAAUACGUCAUCCUUCCUUACCAGUCCACACUCCAAAUGAUUUAUUCACCCAAUUAUCAAUCUCAUCAACAUUAACCCAAUGAAAUGGUGAUGAAUAAACCAGUAGUAGCUGAAACUGUGUUACACUCUGUUGUACUCAUAUAAUGUCAUGAUGAUGGAGUGUGUUGCCUUCAUGUGUCCAUUGUAAAUGUAUAUUGUGGAUGCAAUAUACUGUGUCGUAUGUAGUAUAAUAUUAAAGGCCCAAUUUAGUCUCCUUUUCCUUCUCAACCUGUAUGAGUCCACCAUUCAGAAUGUCCUGUACUGACCCAAAUAUAAGAUUGUUUUUUUCCUACAGAUUUUUUUAUGAAGAAAUGGAAGUUGUGUAUUCUAUAACGACACAAUUAAGCAUUCAUUACAGCAAUUGUUACAGCACUUUCUUAACGUAACAGUAUCAUGUCACGUGUGGUUUGUAGCCUUACUGUGGCUGGGCUAGCAGGUUUCUAUCGUCAUACUGCAACAGAAAAAUCGUCAGAAAACACUUUCCCCAUUGACGACCAUCGUAAAUGACACACCUGUAAAAACGAUAACAGGUAGCACAACAAACAGGAUGGUUUUUAGUUUUUGGCUUUUGAAUUUUUUACAUGGUAUUUAUAAAAAUUUUGUCAUCGCAGUGUUCAGAGUAUGAUACAAGCUGGCAGGGCUAAGGACAGAGACUAAUGUCAAAGUCAACCAAAGCUAAGUCAAAAGGUUUUCCUCUAAAAACAUUUUCAUCUUAUAUUUGGGCCACUAUGGUAUUUUUAAGCCUUUUAUUGUGUCUGCAUUGUAUUGCACUGGAGUUAAAUGAAAGUCAUAAUGCCACAUACAGUGGCAAUAGCAUUAGAGAUUAGAGAUUAUUUUUUUAGAAGCAACUCUUUUUUUUUCUCUCUCUCUGUUUGUAUGAAAUAUGUAGUUUAAAAAAAAAAACUGGAUUGGGGCUUUAAUGUUUCCUCUCGCUGUGACUGAAUGUUCUUAUGUGCCUAAAAUCAGCUAACAUACUGUAUCUCAUUGGAGUAUGGGUUUGAAUUUGUUUUAUUUGAUUGUUUAAUUUUGCCUUUUGUUAGAUGGUAUGCAGUAGAGGGAGUAAAUGAGAAUAAUUUUGUAAACUAAUUUAUUCGCGUCUGAACCUGCUGAGGGAGCUCCCACACAUGCUCUUUUAUGUUUGUGUCUGUUUCUGGGUGAAGCAUCCCCUACAUUUAGAAUCCACAGUAACAUGUAGCACAAAAGCGGCAAUACAGAUCAGGUCCAGCUAUACAGAUACCAGGUAAAACACAUUGACUGUUUCAUUUAGACUUUCCCAUUUUGGUGCACCUCCAUACUCAUCUAGUCAGUGUAGAAAUAGUUUGAGGAGGAUGCAAAUGCCACGACAUUCGCACAAACAUCCUUAUACAACAAAAUGCAGAUGGGGGCCGGAAGAUGAGAAAAUAAAGUCUGCCACAGGCACUGCUGCACCCCGAGCUUUCAUUCAAAACCAAAGUUACACCCACAUAAAAAGUGGGUGGGACCACGAUGACACAGAAUUGAAGAAUGUUUGCUUGCAAAACAGAUUUUAAUCACAGAUCCUCUUUAUUUCCAUAUUGCUGGUGUAAGCAAUCGUAUGCAUACAUACUGACAUAAUAUUAUUUGUUUUGUCAAAAUCAAACAAGUGUGUGGGUGAAAAAAUGUAAAGCAAUAUUAGGCAUUGCAAACCUUGUACAUUUCCAAAUGUAAUUGUAAUUUCAGUAUCCAAAUGUUGGUUUUAAGAAAAAGCGACUGAGCUUUUGUCACAGUUUGUUGCUGAAGGGAAGUUUUUGGUCCAGUUCCAGUGCCUACCCUCGGGAACGCCCAUCAGGCAUUUUGUACACUGUCUGUAAAAUGUAUUGGGCUAUUUGAAAAAAAAUAAAGUAACAUUAAAUUUUAUUAAAGGGACAAUGUGUAAGAAUUGGCUAACUGUCGAAUUCAUAUUCCAAACAAAUAAGGGGCAGCAUAUUACCAGAAAGUUGGGACGUUGGGACUGGGCCACUGACUGCUCGUCUGACUGAUGAAAGAAAGGACAAAAUGGCUGGUUCUGAUGCUGGCAGUGAUCUGCUGAAAUCCUCAAUGAUUAAGGAAUUAAACUUGCAAUGUUAUCUAGUGAGAGUUAUUAAUUGAUUAAUGAUCAUUAAAUAUAUUCGUUAAACACUUGGAUUACUAGAGGCACACAUAUAACUGAAUAUCCAUUGUAUAUGUUUAAGUGAAGGACUUUAGCAGUUUUUAUUUAUAUUUUGAGCUGUCACACAGACAUUUUGAAUCAUUCUUGAUUGGACAAUUUUAUGUUGUCAUGGUUAUAUGAUAAACAUUUUUGUGGCACUUAGAGUAAAACAGCUUUGUGGAAACAUUUCCAUUUAAAACGCUUACUACUUAACAGCUACGUAUUUGGGAGAAAAAAAAUUAAGACAACAAUUCACAGUAUUUAAUAAUCAUACCAAGUGCCAAGAAUGGUGCAACAAGCAGUUGGUGUGUGUUUGUGUGUGUGCUUGUUUUUUUUGUGUGUCUCUUCAAUCAUCUGAAUGUAAGUCAUUACAAACAGUAAUUUUGCUGUAGGGCCAUAUAUUUGUGUACAGUACGUUGAUUUAUCUUGAUUAAUUUGUGUUAACCUCGGAAGGGGAAUUAUUAUUACAUUGUAAAUGUAUGCAAACACAUAUAGCCAUGCUAACCUGUUUGUUUCUUUUUUUUAUAUAAACUGCAACAGUAGAGAAAAAGACAGGGAAUUAAGUUGUUUAUUUUGAGUAAAGAGGGAAAUAAACUUUUCUGUUCAGGGACUGAAGUGUUCUAUUCUACAGAACAGACUGUGUACUGUCAAUAAGAAAAUAAAUGCAUAUAAAUACAGUUACUUGUUUUUGCCUUAUUACGCAAAGAAUAAUGUGUUUAAUUUGAGUCUUUUGGCAUGAUGUGAAAGUUUUGUUGAUUUUUAUGCCUCUGGUUCAUGGCUGUUGAUCAUAUGCCCUUUUUGAGGAGAGGUGUGGGACAACUGUCUUGGUUGUGAACUCUGAAAGGCCAUAAAGUGCCCAUAAAUCAUUUGUAGUAAUAGGGCUGGAUAACACACUGGAACCCGGCACCACAUUGAUACAAAUGAUUUUCCAAUAUAUUCAAUAAUAUAACAAAUGCAUGCACAAUCUCAUGAUAUAACCAUGUCACGAUAAAAUCCCACCGAAAGUCGAUCAAUGAUAUUGAAUUAUUUUCUAACGUCUGGAGUAUUACAACUCCCUGUAUCUGCCACCGCACCUCUGCAGCAUGUCCA